AUGCAUAGUGCAAGCCUACCACCAAAGGAUGCAGACGAAUACGAAGCUGAAGAGAAGGUCCGUGCAGAGAUCCUGUCUGUUGUUGGUCCAGAUGGUAAGCCCACGUUGUCAGACAAAGAAAAAAUGCCCUAUACAAAAGACGCAUUCGUUGGAGGGAAAAGAAUUCCAGCCGACACGCUGAUUAUCGCCGAUAUUCAGCACAUGGCAAAUUCGCCCAUAUCCAAGGAUAGUCACGAAUUCCGCCCGGAGCGAUUCUUGAUGAAAAAUGGGACCACGCCUGAAAAU